AUGAGCCUUUGCCACCGCGGGUGCUGGACCCUGCGUCCAACGAGCAGAGGGAUCAGCAGCCUCCUCCUCCUCCUCCUUCUCUUCCUCCUCAGCAUGUCCUCGAACGCCAAUCCGGAUCUCGCGAAUCGUUCAGUGCCUUGAUCCACGCCGAGGGACAGCAGGUUGGGUCGGCAAGUAUGCUCGUUCCAUUCUCAAAGAGCGACGAGCUUACGGGUCGCAAGUACCAUCCAGCAGCCUCGACGAGCCCGCAUGUGCGGCUUCGGUGACAAGGAUCGACGGCCAAUUACACCACCGCCCUGCGUACGGCUUGUCAUCACCGAUCUCGCUACCGGAAAGGAGAUAGACUGCAAUGAUAUUGACCAUUCCAUGUUUGUACUCAACGUUGAUCUAUGGAACGAAGAGGGCACACGCGAGGUCAACCUCGUUCGCUCUUCCACAAGCAGUCAAUCAGCAACCGCAGUAUCGUAUCCAUAUGCAUCCAUCACAAUUGCAGAUAGCUCGCACUCGACAUACGGCCAAAAUAUCCCUCCCCCGAGUCGUGACGCCACUUAUAGUCUGCCACACACUGCAAACUACCCCCCGGAAUACCAGACUCAGCCUCCUCAGCCUCCCCAGUCUACUUACAACACCCAAGCGUAUCAACCUACCACAUACGGCCCCCCGACACAGUAUUUUCCACGGCAUCAAACGUAUGGCUCGGAUGCGGGGCUCCCUGGAACGGCUUUUGGAGGAUAUAUGGAUCCAAACUCCCUGACGAAAAUGGCCGUGGUCGGUGGCCAGCCUCAGGGCAUGUUCACACGGAAUCUCAUAGGCAGCUUGGCCGCGAGCGCCUUUCGCCUAACCGAUACAACGGACCAUCUCGGUAUUUGGUUUGUCCUGCAAGAUCUGAGUGUCCGAACAGAAGGACCAUUUCGUCUACGAUUCUCUUUUGUCAACGUUGGCGCUCCCGGAGGGGCUGGCAAGGUCAAUACAGGAAGGGCUCCGAUAUUGGCAUCAUGUUUUAGCGAGGUGUUUAAUGUUUAUUCCGCGAAGAAAUUCCCCGGAGUCUGCGAAAGCACGCCUUUGAGCAAGACGUUUGCUGCUCAGGGCAUCAAGAUUCCCAUUCGCAAGGAUGCCAAUGGCAAGGGUGGAGAUGGGGAGGAUGAUUAUGUCGACUAAAGUCUUGCAUUCCCUAGUAUGGCCAACAAAUCUGUUGAUUAAUUAUUUUUAUCGACUUGGACGACAAUAUUCACAUGAACGUGGAACGUUCAUAAAACAGGGGGCUU